GCUGCGCCCAUUAGAUAGUUGUGGACGAAGCCGGCUUGAGGUGUCACUGCAUAAGGUGAUGUCAAGCAUAAAGAUGAUGUGUUCGACUUGGAAUAGUCACUGCUUUUUGAGGAAAUUUCUAUAUGUCCAGUGUAAAACAUGUGUGGAAUUGACAUCUGUGAUUAAGAGAAAUGCUAGGAGGUUGGCAUGCUUUCAAAACUUCAUUAAUGAAAAUAAUUUUCAUACUCGCAGGCAGAACCACCAGCUUUCUUGGGUAAACUCUUAUUUACCAUCAAACAGUUCACACUGUCGAUAUAACAGAGACAGACAGAUUUCUUUUUACCAAAGAUGUAGCUGGUGCAAUACGCUUCCUUAUGUUUCACUUUUACCAUCGGACUUUCACAGCAUUAGAUGUUUUCACACCAAUUCUUUGGCUCAUUGUUUCAACCAAAAGCAGACUGAGAAAAGCACUAAAGAAUCAAAAGAAACAGCUCACAUCAGUUCAUCAAAGAAGGAAGACCAAAAACUUGAAGAUGUGAUAGAGAACAUCUACACUAUACCUAACCUGCUGACAUGUCUACGGAUAGCCGUGACGCCAUACCUCGGAUAUCUCGUCCUUACUGGUGAAUUUGAUUUAGGAUUCAAGAUUUUUGUGGUAGCAGGUCUAUCAGACUUUCUGGAUGGGUUCAUAGCACGAAACUUUAAGAACCAACAAUCUGUAUUAGGGUCAGUCAUUGACCCAAUUGCAGAUAAACUUUUGGUCAGCAUUCUUACCGUCACCUUGACAAUUGCAGGGUUAUUACCAGUGCCUUUGACGUUUGUGAUAAUUGGAAGGGACUUGUUGCUGAUAUGUGCAGGUUUCUACUUAAGAUAUAUAACCCUUCCUCCACCAAAAAAUCUGAAGAGAUAUUUUGAUGUUACUCAUGCUACAGUCACCCUCCUUCCAUCAGUGCUCAGUAAGUGGAACACAGGACUACAGCUAAGUCUGAUAGCUGCUUCUAUGGCUGCUCCAGUGUUUGGUUAUGUGGACCAUAUAUACUUACAGGGACUAUGGUACCUAACAGGAGCCACCACUGUGGCAUCUGGAUUACAGUACUUAGUCUUUCGGAAUAAAUACAUCAAAUUCACUCAGGAGAAACUCAAGCGCCAGAUAUAAUGAAGAUUUCACAAGAUAUUGCACAGAGAAAAUGGUCACUACAAAGAUGGCCAGAAAUACAACAUGGUUAUAACCAUGCGCAAGACUGUAUACAACCAAUUAUGCAACAGAAUGUAGGGGUUCUUUACAUAAGAAUGUCAUACCACUUAAAUUGUUUUAGAUAAUUGUAUUUUUUCUAGUGGUUGGAAAUUUAAAGUUCUGUUGUACAUGUAAAAUUUUCCCUACUCGUUUUUUCUGGGGUUAUAUUGAGUCCAAACCACAGAGUAAAAACAUCAGGUUAUGGUUUUUAUUAACUUGAUAUACUCUACCUGCUAGCUGCAUGGUGUGUCUAGUUGAAUACCUAGUGCUUUGUUUGUGGUGCCAUUAUCAUAUUUAUGAUUUGUUAUAGAGUGAGAAAGUUUUGUUAUUCCAGGUAAAGAUUUGGGACUGUAAGAUUUUAGUGUGUUUAUUUUCUAGAGUAUUGCUUUCUUUGGUAUAUCAUUGCCCACAAGUUUGGGCCAAAAUAGAGCAAAAUACCCAGAAAAUAGCAUGCUUUUUUAAUCAUCAUUAUUUAGAAACUUCUGAAGUUUCAAAAAUAAUGCUAAUUUCAUUUUUUUACUUAUCCUCUUUGUUAAGAAGUGUUUGUGAAACACAUAUUUCAUGUUAUAUGAAAUCUAAGUAUCUUAGUUAAGGAUGCUUAAAGUUAAGAAAGCAUUAAAAUUAAGGAAUGUUCAUAAAACAGGGGCCUGCUAGAUGAUACAGUAUUUACAGAUACCAGGUAUUUAGGAUGACAAACAGAAUAUAAAUCCUGUCGACUUCCUGGUAAAAUAAUCUUUAAUGAUAAGUUCUAUUGGUAAGCUAAAAUGGUUUCUUAUCAAAUUUGUUCAAAAGAGGUAUUAUAAACCUUUCACAUUAAAACAAACUACAGGUAUCAAAAAAUUGUAGAAAUUGGUGUGCUUUUAAAAAUUCUUGUGAGUGAUACUUUCUCACUACUGAUACAGGUAUCUUGAAAUUUACAAUAGAUAGAUAUCCAAAUAAUUUCAUGUCACAUUAACAGAUCUAUUAAUAGACCUAUACUCACUCCUGCCUUGUCUGAUGUGACAAGUUAUUUAGUCCCCUUUUUAAAUUGUCAAUAAUGACACAAGUAUUUCUAAAAUAAAGGAUGAAUUGUUGAAUGUGUGGUCACUGGUUCUAACAAAGGUAAAUGUUCAUAGUGUAUAUAGUACUUAUAUACAUAGUUUAUAUAUACAGGUUUGCUUAUUUGCUAUUGCUGUCAAUUUACUAUUGUUAUGUUGAAACAGAAAAUAAAAUUUCAUUUUCUGUGUUUUUCUAUCCAGUUUAGUGUCCUCUGAAGAUGUGAUGAAGAUAAAUACAGAUUUGAGGGUGAUUAUUGUAGAUAUAUCACGAGAACUAAUGCAUUGUUUAUAUUGGAUUGGUCCCUGGGUAAGGUUGUGCUAUAAAUUAUGGGGAAAUAUUGUAAUGUUAGUCAUCAGCUCAGCAGAAAAACAUGACAAGUUGGUGUACAACAAUUUCAGUUUUUAUCAAAAGCCAGACUGAAUAUCUGUAGAAAUAAAGAUGUUUUAAAUUAC